AUGUUAAUUAAGUUUGGAUUUCCACAAUCAGGUGUAUGGACAUUACCUACAUUAGACACCCCUGUUCCCGAAUCUCCAUUUGAAAAUGAGUUCCUUACUCAAAUGUUCAAUCUUACUAUGAAGGUGUCCACUCCUUUGACUAUUGCUAUUGUUUAUUUCACUACUGUCCAUUAUCUUAAUCCAAUUAUUAGACAAAGACAAUUACGUAAGUAUCGUGAAAAGAAUCCUGAAGCAAAAGACAAGAAGCUUACUGAAAAGGAAUUGAAGAAAUUGCCAGCUGCUCCUUAUGCUAUUGCUACAACUUCCAUUUUCAAGGCCCUUGUAUUAUUACACAAUGUCUUUUUAUGUGUUUACUCAGUUUGGACCUUUGUGGGUAUGACUUCUUCAAUUUUUUCUACCAUGGAUUUAUUUAAGGGAGACAUUUUACCAUCAUUUUAUGAAGCCUUGAACCUCGAAAAUUACACUGUCAAGAAAAGAGAUAUCUUUUUCCACACCAUUUGUGAUUCAAAUAAAGGUAUCUUCUCCAGUAUCAUUACUAAGGAAGGUCGCCCUAAUUUAGAACUCUUUGGAUACUGGUUUUACAUUUCUAAAUUUUAUGAAGUUCUCGACACUAUCGUUAUUUUGUUGAAAGGUAGACCAUCAUCAUUAUUACAAAGUUAUCAUCAUGCUGGUGCAAUGAUGUGUAUGUGGGCAGGUAUUAGAUUCCAAUCUCCACCAAUUUGGAUCUUUGUUGUUUUCAAUUCCUUCAUUCAUUCUUUGAUGUACUUUUAUUUCUCCUUGAGUUGUUUACGUAUUAGAGUCCCAAUUAUCUUUAAGAGAAUAUUGACUUCUUUACAAAUUACUCAAUUCAUUGUUGGUGGUUCAUUUGCUGUCUUGCACUCAUUCGUUUACAUUAUUGAUACUAGUAUGGGUCCAUCUGACAGCUUGACUUUGGUUAAUUGUGUCAGCACUCCUGAUCAAGCAUUGCCUGUCAUUUUAAAUGUUGCAUAUUUGGCUCCAUUGACUGCCUUAUUUGCUGCUUUCUACAUUGAAAGUUAUUUAAAAAGAAAUAAACAAUAG